GCUGGUGCUUCUUUUACCAGGUGCUGACGUUUGGGUCGCGCUGGCUUGUUAUAUCGGUUGCUAAGCAACGGCGGAGCACCGGUCUGGAGUAUGUGACGGAGGGGCAACCGGAACCGGAGAAGCAACGGCUGACGAGAUGUCAGGCAGAAGGGGCAAUUUGCAUAUUAGACUCAAUCACGCCGAAGAGUCCAGAAUCAAAAAAGAGCUGGAAAGAUUGCUUAAACACCCACAAAGGGAUUUCGGACAUGCCACGGCGGACUCCAGACCCGGCAGCUAUUCACCCAAGUCCCAUUCAGACCAGAUCGAGACAUUCUCAGGGAUCACAAAUAAUUAUUCCACCCAACAGUCCGUGCCAGACCCUCCUGAUUAUCGGGAUGCUAACGUUUCUGACCAUGUAGAUGAGAAACCCGAUGUGAAAGCUAGGACAUCAACACAAAGUUCAAGAGCAUCCCACAGAAAUACUAUACAAGAGUCCAGAGGUCACACCGAGUCUCAGGCCAACCAGUCAUAUAUUCAUCUCAAAACUGUUGGCCUUGACAGUCACCCAAAAGGGACAGCUAUUGCGUCAGCGGUCGGAACAACCAAAUGUAUCUCGGUGUAUCCACGUCCAGAACCUCCAUCAAAGCCAAGAAGUUACAUCCAACAGAUGUCUAAGCCACGUAUUUCUACAAAGCCAAUGGCGGAUAAGAAGGGAAAAAAAUCAAAGCCACUAAGUGUUAAACCAUCUAAGGGCAAGACUCCAGUUGAUGUCGGAACCCACUUUAGGUCUUCUCCAGACAGUAAUGCCACCAGUUCUUCUUCAGAUUCGGAUUCAGAGGACAGCGACAGCUCCAACAGUAUUAGGAACAGCACAAAACGUAAGAAACCCGUAUUGAAAAAGGACCACAACUUGUCCAGAUCCAAGAAAGAACAAUUAGUAAAGAAAGGAAACUCUACCCACCUCACCCCAGAUAUGCCUGGAACAGAUCUACUGUCUGUUGUUACCGAGACCCCACUGACGCUUUCCCAAGGGGCAGAACUCAAACAAGAACCCAAAGAAGGAAAGAGCAUUCACCUGGCGUCGCCUACAAAGGCCGCAGCUAGGUCAGUGGAUGAAAUAAUAGCUUCUCUAAGGUCUCCUCAAGUAAAUUCCGCAUCUGACCUGAUGAUAAAACUGCUAAUGGAGAGCGUGCUGGGCGUAGACUAUAACAUCACGUUUGGGGAAGCUGUAGAAGAGAAAGCGGAAAAAGAGUCGGAAAAGAAGCCUCCGUCUACAGAGCCCGCUCCCCCGCAGCAGACCGUGGAUGAGGCCGCCACGCAGACGGACAACAGUGUGUUGGAAGGAUGCGCUUCUCCUCGUUUUAAUAAAGAUAUUAAGGUCUUCAUCGAUGUGGACACCGCAGCCCAGGAGGAAAACGCUGCUGUCAAAGAGCUUCUGACGACAGAAGAGGAAGACAAAUCAGAUCUGAAAGCAUCUUCCCAGAUCUCCAUCUCAGACAUCAUUCAUGUGAGAGGCGACGCAGCGCCACUGGCAAGACGGGAGAAUGGAAAGAUCCACCACCCUUCACUGCUGGCUACCUGGGAACCUAGAACCAAGCAGCACGGCGGGAAGACCAUCCACCACUUCUGCACGGUUUCUCCGAGCUUUCUUCUACCCAGCUACCUGCAGCUGGCUUCACGCGUCCAUCACACGGUGGACAGGACAGGCCACCACGUUUCCAGCGCGAACCACGACCUUCCCGUCACGGCACGAGAGGACCGUUUAAUGAACGAUUGGCCUAACGGUGAAGAAAAAGAAGGAUCAGACGCAACUAGGUUUCUGGAAGUGGGGCUUCCCGUCUCAUCUGUACCGCUACAGAAUCAGAGGGGUAGUGUGGUCUCCAUGCCACCCCACAACGCCCGCAGCCUGGAGGAAUGGCAGAAGAUAGCUGAAUACUAUGUGGAAGGUCCACGAAUGGAGCUUGUUGGGGAAAAGGUAUUGCUGAAAUCCGACAAUCUGAAGAUGUUUUGGGCCCCUGCACCCCCCAAGUUUUCAGCGCCUCGAUCACAAAUUCAGAAAUUAUUGUUUGAAAAAUAUGAGGUAACAGAAUCCUUAUAA